AUGGGGCGGGAAACUCGUCGCCGGAGCCCCGAAAGCUCCAGAAGGCGAAAGAACGACCGAGACAGAGAUAGGGAUCGCGACGUCACCGGCCGAGACUCGCGAGAAUAUUAUCCCUCUUACACGGCCGACACGCAGCGGCCGUCGGCUACACGAGCCCGUAGACGGCGAUCAGGAUCUAGCUCAGGCUCAUCGUCUGCCGGCUCAACAGCGUCGUCGCUGCUAGAUAUCUCGAGAUCCACCAACACGAGACGAUAUGGAGGUGUUUUCGGCACCUUUUUCAGAGCUCCCUCGGAGCGUCGCAGACGGUCGAGGCGCACAACCGCUCGCUCACAGCGCCGUGGCUUUUACUUUGGCGCAGAUGGUAACUCGUCGUCGUCAUCGGUAAACUCGGAUCUUGCAUAUGGUUCCGGAUAUAUCGCCAAACCGAGAGAAUAUCCUACCGCUGCUGGUUCUCGCUCGAGACGGGGCGAUCCUGAAUUCAACGGCCAGCGCAGCAGAGACGCAGGCGAUGCCGGCCAGAGACCCGACGGUCCUACGCGCAAAAAGACUGACGAUGAGAUUCGCGAAAUCGGACGUCAGCUUUCCGACUUGGCCAGAAAGCAAAACAAGGCCGACUUGCGCGCAGCCGGUAUUGUCAAGCCCGCGGGUCUACUUGGCGCUGCAGUUGCCCUCAACGCAUACCGAAAGAAUAAGAAGGGCAAGGAUGCCGCCAAGGACGGUUCGCGCGGUAUCGGUAGCUCCAAGAUGCAUGGCGAGUCAUCCAGCGACGAAGACGACUGGGAGGAUGCUUCCGAGGACGAGAGCGAGGCCGAGUCUAUUCUCGCCUUUGGUUCUGGCUCUGCCCUUGGUGUUAAGCCCAGCUCUAGCUCCAAGCGAUGGGGUACAGGCGCCGCAGCCGGUGCGGCUGUCGCAUCUGGUGCUCUUGGUUACGCAGCAAUGCAAGACCGUAGAAGCUCUGUUGUUGAUCCUCGUCUCUUUGGCCCUGUCAACUCCCUCCACGGCAUGGUCACACCAUGCGGAUUCGACGAUCCCGAUGCUCCGCUAGAUCCUCGCUACAGAGAGGCAAUCGACAACCGACGACAAUCCUACGACAGAAACGCACCGCUUCGCGAGGUCUUCCCCGUUCCCACCUCCGAUCCCAGCCGCUUCGAUGCCGACCGCAUCCCUUCCAACUCCAACCAGAAACCAAUUCCCCUUCAGCAGCCCAUCCCGGUAGCACCCGUCUCUUCCAAGGUAUACAAUGCCGACAAAUAUGAAGACACUAGCAGCAGCCGUCGUGACUCGGGCCGUCGUGAGAAGCGCGAUUACGACCGUGACCGCGACGACUCCAGCAGCAAGUACAUGGCGGGUGGUGUUGCUGCCGCUGGCAUAGCCGCUGCAGCUCUCGGUGCUGCUGCCCUCUCCUCUGACCGCAAGGAAAAGCGCAAAGAGGAAGAGCGUGAGAAGGAUCGCGAUAGGCAGCGAGAGAAGGAACGGGAUCGUGAAUAUGAGCGUGACCGUGAGUAUGAAAAGGAGCGUGAGUCCAAGCGUCGUGAUCGCGAGUCCGAAAAGGACAAGGAUCGCCGCAGAUCUAAGCGAGACUCGACCUCCUCCAAAUACGGUGAUGAUCGUGACCGAGAGUCAAAGCGUUCUUCCAAGUACGACGAUGACGAUUCGCAUAGAUCUAAGAGAAGGGAGCGAGAAGGCGACGCUGAUUUCCGCAGUGAAGUGUCUCGAUCUUCCAGGAGAGAUAGUGACAAGUAUGACAAGUACUCAAGUCGCGAAGAUCGCAAGAAGGCUGAGCGCCGUGAGGAACGCCGAGAAGAACGCCGAGAGGAGCGACGCAGAAAUGCAGGUGAAGGUUCAAGUGCAGCAGAUGAACGCCAGCUCGUGCUUCGCGAAAAGGGUGUCGAUCCCUUCCAGUACCAAGUCGAUCCUGGCUCAUUCGCUGCUCUACCUGCUCCCAACCAACCCCUUGCACUUCCUGCGCCUCCCGCUCGCCCCUUGACUCCCAACAUUGUGGAUGCUGCUGACCAUGAACCUACAUGGAGCUCAGAUGAGGACUUGUCUCAUCACUUCGCCUCCGGAUCGAGAUUGAGCCGCAAGGAUUCUUUCGAGAUUGAGCGUCAGGCUGAGGAGGAGCGCUACGCUUCCGGCUCAAAGGGUAAAGGGAAGGCCCGUGAGGCUGAUGACGCUAGACACUCCGCAGUCCCUGUCGUUGCCGGUGUUGCCGCUGCCGCGGUUGCCAUUGGAGCCGCGCGCUCUCGCGACGACAAGCGCGACAGCUCCAAGGGCAACCGCGAUGCCGUUCAGGAAGAGGCUGAUCGUUACUACCGCGAGGCUGCCCAUGCCCGCAAGAUGGAGGAAGAGCAGAUCCGCAGCGGCACGCCCGAUAACUCUAUAGUCAACAAAUUCGAUCAUGAAGACGAAGGACAAGAUGUCAGAAUCACCACGCCUCCGGAUAUGAAGAAGAAGUCAUCCAGCUUAUACGACGGACCCAAUGCGGACGUGCGUAUUGACAACGAAAUCUUUCCCGAAGAAAUCCGACGCUUCCAAAGUAAGAGCGGCAAGCGCAAGUCCAACUUCAAGUCGCGCGACCCGUCCUGCGAGCGUGACCGACCUGUGCUGAACCUCGUGUACCCUACGCCUUCGCCUACACCUAGUCCUGAUAAGCAGAGCAGCAAGAGCAAGUCAUCUCGCGAUGAUCCCGAGGAUUCGACACGGGACAUGGACGGAGAUAGCUACGGUGCCAAGAGCGACGUCCAGUCGAAUGUUUCUUCCAAGUCAGUAUCAUGGGGAGAGAACUCUACCAAACGAUUUGUGGUAGAGAGCCCCAGUCUUAAGAGUGACGUUGAAGAGGAUGACAAGCCCCAGCAAGAAAAAGAAACGUCACCUCCUAGAGACAAGCAGAGAACCCGCCUCAACAAGACAAGCCAGUGGGGUAUCAUUGCUGCUGCCAUUGCCGGAAGCUCCAAGGAACCCAAAAAUGAGCCUGAUGCCGUCGACAGCGGUGAUCAGCCUCCCGUUCCUGGCCCCAAGCCAUCCAGCAAGGACCGAGACCAAAUGCCUGGCGGCUUCGGUGACGACAUUGAAUUCGCUGCAACCCUUGCAGCCGGUCUUAAGGAUACAGGCUUCGACUCCAACAUUGUGAUCGAUGACCCUACCUACAGACGCCGCGACUCUCCUCCUGGUACAAAGGAAGCUAAUGGCGAUGCCUGGCACCACACCUCAAACUUCUCAGAUAUCGUUACUGCUGCUAGUGCCAAGGACCAUGCCAACCGCUCCGUGGUCUCUGAGCCUGCUAUCGGCUCUCAGGAUGAUGGCUGGUCCGAAACUGGCAAGAAGUCUAGCAAGAAAGACAAGAAGAAGAAGCUGGAUAAGCUAAAGCGCCAAUCCGGUGACUUUACCGAUGAGCCUAUGACUGAAUCACCCACGACAGCUGCAUCAGACGAUGCCUUUGUGGAAAACGGCACCAAACUGAGCAAGAAGGAGCAAAAGAAGCUCGACAAAAUCCGCCGUCAGUCUGGCGAAUUCGCUGAUUCCGGUCCUGAAACUGAAUCUGCCAGAGAUGCACCACUAGAAGAGGAAGAAGCGCCCAAGCUUAGCAAGAAGGAGCAAAAGAAGCUUGAUAAGUUGCGCCGCCAGUCUGGAGAUUUCACCGAAGGCGCUGAAGUGGAAUCGCCAAAGGAAAUGAGCUUUGAUGAGGUCGAUACUUCUUCAACCCUAAGCAAAAAAGACAAGAAGAAGAAGCGUCAAUCGGGUGACUUCACCGAAGUGGUUGAAGCUGAGUUCACCAGAGAUCUCCCAGCAGAUGACGUUGCCUUUGUUGAAGAACCAGCAAAGCUCAGCAAGAAGGAGCAGAAGAAGCUAGACAAGCUCAAGAAGCAGGCUUCCGAGUCGACCGACCUGCAGCGAAGUGAUUCGGUCGAUACCAUCGCCUUUGAAGAUGCUGUUGAGGAGGUAACCAAACUCAGCAAAAAGGAGCAAAAGAAGCUCGACAAGCUGCGUCGUCAGUCGGGCGAGUUUGUUGAGGGCGAUGAAAUCGAGUCGCCGAAAGAGAUGAGUUUCGAGGAGGUCGACAGUGCUUCUACCCUGAGCAAGAAGGAGAAAAAGAAGAAGGAUAAGGCAAAGCGCCAAUCUGGUGACUUCUCCGAGCUUCCUCGCACUGACUCUACGGACACAAUGGCCUUCGAAGAUGCUGUAGAAAGCAUCUCUAAGCUCUCCAAGAAGGAGCAGAAGAAGAAGGACAAGGCUGAGAAGGCAAAGGCGCUUGAAGACGAUGCACCUCUAGAUUGGGCUGACGAAGUCGAGCAAGCUGCUGCUGCCGCAACAAUCGAAGAAGCCGACGCAGCUUGGGAAGACUCGUCCUCCAAGCAAAAGAAAAAGAAUAGGAAGAGUCGUGAUCUGGAAGAUGCCUCAACCCCUGUAGACUCUGCCAAUGACGACGACUGGGGCAUGCCUGCGAAGUACAAGCGCAAGUCCACUUCUGAGUAUGACUUGACUUCCCGCUCCGAAGUAUCUUCGUCAAGCAAGAAGAGCAGCAAGUCUAAACGGCAGAGCUUGAACGAAGACGAAUUGAAGAAGCUCCACAACGACAAGAAUGGCAGCAGCCGUCAUGUUUUUGACGACCGCGACGUCUCGUCCGUGGUAUCUGAGUCUCGUGGUCAUCGCAGCCGUAAAUCUACCUACGAUGACGACGAUGCUCGAUCAGUCGUCUCUGUCGCCUCUGCUCCUGGAGGUGGGCGAAGGAGUAAAGAGUCCAGCUCCAAGAGAUCAAGUGGCUUAUUCUCAUCUAUAUUCAAAUCAUCAAAAGAAGACGACAAGAAGGAUUCUUUUUUAGAUAAUGCCGGCAUCCUUGGCGCGGGUGUCGGCUUGGCGGGAGCCGCUGUGAUUGCAGCUGCUACUCGUCCGCAUGCCAGCCACGAGUCCUCUGAGCAGGACCCUGUUUCCGUCGAGGCUAGACGCGCUAGUCUCGACUACGAGAUCCUUGAUCCUGAGGUUGCUCCCAGAGCAAUCAAGCCCGCCAUUGACCCCCAAUAUGGCGAUCUCCUUCCUCUUCCCCCCAGCGCUCCGGGUAGUCCCAAAGUUAGCCCGGAGGACCUACCUGCACUCCCCGAUAGCAGACCCGAUACCCCUCCUGAAGAACGUAACCUGAAGCGCGAGCAGAUGUCUUCCCAUCGUCGUCGUCGCAGCACCCAGGAAACUCCCAGCAAGUCCCCCAGUACCACCGCCAUACCUCUUUCUCUACGCCUAGGACAAAGAACAUCCCCUUCUAGUCCGGGCAACGUCUUCCGGUCACCGCCGUUGAGUUCGCCAAGCUCUGCGACGGCAGACAGAGACAGCGUGUCUAAGCGCCUUUCUCGCGGCACCUCGUGGGAUAGCAGCAAGGAAAUUAAGCCCUUGUACCUCUUAGAGCAUUCCCGCCAAGGCUCUACCGAUGCCAUUGCUCAAGAGGACCUUCCAGCACUUCCCCCCAGCGAGCCUUCCUCCACUAAUUCGUCUGAUGUCAACUUUGGUGCAACCCAUGAGAAUGUACCCGAGCCCGAUCCCCUCGAUAUUGCCAAUUCUGGCUUGAGAAUCCAGACUGAUUCCGACAUGCCCAUCCAAGACUUGGCUGGAUCUCAGGAGACUACACCAAAGGCCGAAAUCAAGCCCGUGUUCCCCAAUAUCGAAGAGCCUGAAUCGGUUGAGACCACAUCUAAGGACCGCAGCUCUUAUCUGCUAAACUCAACACCAUCCUCCGUCAAGUCAACCAGAACAAUCGAUAGCGAUGCCUUUCAAAGCCCACACGGCUCCACGUCAUCGAAACUUCUGAAUCCAGAGGAUGCGCUUGCAGAUAUUGCGGAGGACCUGACUUCCGCAGAUGAGCACUUUUCUGAUGCUGUUGAGAUGCACGAAAAUGAUUCGCGCAGACCUUCAGCAGACUGGAUCGCCGCUGAAGAGUUGCCAUCGGAGACUAUGGUUGAGAAAGACGUGCCCUUCUUUGAGUCCCCUGCUGAGCCAAUUACAGCGGCGAUUGAAGAUGACGAGGAACCAGCAGAAUGGGCUGGCUUAAGCGCAAAAGAAAAGAAGAAGCUCAAGAAGGCUCGCAAGAAUAAGUCUAUGAACACCUCUGACAUCCUUCCCAUCGCUGCUGCGGCCACCGCUGUUGGUACGGCUGCUGUUGCUGUAGCAGAAGGCAUUCACCACUCUGAAGAUGCCCCUGCGCCCGUCGAGGAACCUGCUCCAAUCGCAGCUGACGACGGCUUUGGCGUUCCUAAAAAGUCGAAGAAAGGCAAGAAGGGUAAGAAGUCAUCCGUUUCAUGGGGCGAGGAGGCCGAUUUAAGUCAGCCUGUCGUGGUCGAUGCCGUCGUUGAGCCUACUCCUGAGCCUGUUUCUGAACCUGUUUCUGAGCCUGCUGCUGCACCUGAAGCUACUGAGCGAGAGAUCUCGACAGAGCUUACACCUUCUGCCGACCAACUCGACACCGUUGUGGAAGCAGCGCCUGAAGAUCCAACACCAGCUGCUCCAGUGGAAGAUGCAUGGGAUCAGCCAAUGUCGAAGAAGGAUAAGAAGAAGAAAAAGAAGAAGCAGCAAAGCUUUGAUGCUUGGGAGGAGACACCUACACAGCCCGAGACUGAAGUUGUGCCGCUGCCCGUCGAAGAGGUCGAAGACUCCUCCAUCGCAACACCAAAGGAAUUAGCCCUUGAUACAACCGCAACUCAGAGUGAAGAACCUGCUGUGGAGUCUGUUCCUGAAAGCCAACCCGAAACAGCCGCUGAAGAGGUCGAUGAGUGGGCAGCGCUGGUUCAGCCGAAAUCGAAGAAGGACAAGAAAAAGAAGAAGGGGGCAUCAUUUGAUGAAAGUUCUCCUGUCGACGAGACCCCUUCUCUACAGGAGCCAGAAGCAGCGACCUCGCUGUCCGAUGCUCCAGUCAUUGUCAAUGAACCCGAUGCCAUCGUGGAAUUAUCUGAGAGCCGGGAGAUCGGGGUUCCUUCUGCUGAGGAAAAGCCAGUCGAGGAUGAAUUUAUUGCUGCCCCAACCAAAGGAAAGAAGGGCAAAAAGAACAAGCGCAAAUCAGUUCAAUGGGAAGAAGACCUUGCACCGCCCGCAACUGCCAGCGACGAGAAGCAGUACUUCCCUUCGGCGGCAGCUCUUCAUUCCCCCAAGUCAUCACCGCCAACUGAAUCAUCUGGUUACUUUCCAUCUGCCGGGAGAGUACUUCCAGCCUUGGUUGCCACCGCCGGAGCUGGCAUUGUAGCUUCAGAACUCCUUGAGAGUAAGGAUUCUGGAGAUCUUCCAGUCCCUGACCUUGCCAAAAGUGUUGGGCUAGAUACAGAAAUGACAACUGUUGCCGAAGAGAUCACUUCGGAAGCUGUGUUUACGCAGGAUAGCUCAUUGACGGAAACCCAAAACACUACUCAACCUGAGGAAGUUUCCGCGCCUGCCGCCGAGGCUGAAUGGGAUGAGAUUCCAAAGACCAAGAAGGGCAAAAAGAAUAAGAAGGGCAAAACAAAUGUGUGGGAUCUAAUUGAGGAUUCUGCCCCUUCUGUUCCCGAAUCUGCCCCAGAGGAAGCACCCGCUCGCUUGGAUGAGGAACAGGCCACAGAAGAAAUCACCACUGCAGCUCCCGCAGAUGAGCAAGAGCCCGUGGCCGUCGAAGACAUUUCCAAGGAUGCUGUGAUUCCUGAUGCUCCUAAGGAGGAGCCGGCUGCUGUUGAUGAUUGGGCUCAGCCUUCUGGAAAGAAGGGCAAGAAGGGCAAGAAGAACAAGAAAUCUGUUUCUCUUGACUGGACUGACGAACCGGAGCAAAAGCCUGAGGAGCCUGUUGAGACAGUCCCCGAGACUGUUGCUAAUACAAUUGUCGAAAAGCCCUCAGAGGAGCCUCACGUUGCCACUGAAGAGCCAAUCGUUGAACCCGCUGCUGCUGCGCCUGCUGCCGAAGAUGAUUUCUUCACUCCUAAGCUCUCUAAGAAAGACAAGAAGAAGAAGAAGAAGCAGGCUGCAUUUGCAGACUUCGAAGAGCCUACCCCUGAGCCUGUUAUUCUGAGUGAAGAACCCAUUCAGGAGCCUGCUGCCGCGGAACAGACAACCGAGAUUGCUGCCGAGCCUGAAACUGCUGUUGAUGUUCCGGCCGAAGCUAGCAUUACAGAGACAAUCGACAACGCUGACGCUCCCGGUACUACGACCACACAGCCAGAUGUCAAUGCUGACGACGAAUGGGGAACUUUUACUACGAAAUCGUCCAAGAAAGACAAGAAGAAGAAGAACAAGAGUAAGAGUAUCGAGAUUGAGCCCGAACAACUUGUUGAAGAACCCAAGGCCCAGGACGAAGUUGUGUCAGUUGGGCCAAAGAUCGAGGAGCAGGCCGAUGCGGCUCCCGCGUCUUUGGAAAUGGAGGCUGAUCCCAAGACUACUGACGCUGACGAGCUUGGCCCCAAUGUCAAGGAUACCCCAGUCGAGGACAUACCCUCAGCUGAUCAGCCGGUUGAACCUGCGGCUGAGGAUGACUGGGGCUUCGGGCUCUCUAAGAAAGACAAGAAGAAGCUCAAGAAGAAGGGACUAGCUGCUGCCGCCGCUGGAGCCGUAGCCAUCGGAGCUUCUGCGCUGGCUGCAGACUCGACUGCUGAACCCGAUUCUAAAGAGCCGAAGCCCGCUGACAAGCCAGCGACUUCAGAGGAUUUGGCAGACACCCCUCUUGCAGCUGAGCCAGCGCCAGAGCCAGAGGCCGAGUUCGAGUGGGCUCCCUCCAAGAACAGCAAAAAGGACAAGAAGAAAGCCAAGAGGCUAUCUGGGGUAGAGCCAGCCGAACCUGUCGUUUCCGAACCCGCCACUGUAGAUGAAAUCGACAACACCAUUCAAUCUACAGAGGUUGAGGGACAGGCUGACGCCGAGCCCGCCAAACUCGCCGAGGAGCCCGUAAUUGUUGAAGCUGAUGCCCCUGCUUCUCUGGAUCCUAUUGAGCCAGUUAUAGCAGAGGCUGCUCCUGAAGACGAAUGGGGCUUCUCAGUAUCGAAAAAGAAGUCGAAAAAGGGCAAAAAGUCAAAAUCAAUGUCCAUUUCUGAGGAACCUACGCCUGACACAGUCAUUGAACAGGCUACUGAGCAAGUCCCCGAGCCGGCUACUGAGCCUGCAGCUGAACUUGUUACUGAACCUGCUGCCGAGUCAUUUGAAGUCGUUGAGCCGGUUUCUGAGCCCGCUGCAGCAAUUGAUGUAGUCGAUAUUGCUGAAGACAAGCCCAUUGAAGAGUUGGCCCCAGCAGCUGAAGUUGUUCCCGCAGCUGUUGAAGCCAACCAGGAUGAUGAAUGGGGCUUCGCCGUCAAGAAAUCCAAAAAGAAGGACAAGAAGGGUAAAAAGAGCAAGUCCACCGGUAUCUCUCUUGAUGAACCUUCUCCAGUUGACGCGGAGGUCAAGGACGUAGUGAUGGAGGAACCCAUUGUUGCCCCCUUUACCGAAGAACCUGCCAAUAUUGACGUCACGCCUGAAGUUGUUCUUGAAGCACCAGUCAGCAGCACUGAAGUAGUCUCUGCCCUUGAAGCGGAGCCUGAAGCGACCAAGGAAAUUGUUGAAGACGACUGGACCGCACCCAAGAAGCUGUCAAAGAAGGACAAGAAAAAGAAGAAGCAAUCUCUGACAGCUUGGGACGAGCCUGCUCCAGAGCCUGUUUCUGAACCUACUUCCGAGCCAGCUGCCGAAGUCGUUCCUGAAACAAUCGAAUCGCAGGAGUCAGAGCCCGUGCCUACUGAAACCACGGAGCCUGCAACAACGAGCGUUGAGGUUACCGCUGACGAUGACUGGGCUGCUCCCGUGUCCAAGAAGCAGUCGAAGAAAGACAAGAAGAAGAAAAAGUCACUGCUACCAUGGGACGAGCCUGCUCCUGAACCUGUUGCCGAAGUCGUUCCCGAGCCUGUCGAAGCCAAGGAUACCGCCAUGGUUGAAGAGUCUCAGACAGUGCCUACUGAAGGCUCUGAGACCCCAAUUGAGACGGAGCAAGCAACAGUCAGCACUCCAGAAGAUACAGCCGACGUGGAUCCCAUUGUCGUUGAUGCCCCUCCUCCUGUGGAGGAUGAUUGGGCUGCCCCUGUGUCUAAAAAGCAAUCGAAAAAGGACAAGAAGAAGAAGGCAGCAAUGGCUUGGGACGAACCUAUCCCUGAGCCAGUCGCUCCCGUCGCUUCGGAGGCUAUCCAGGACGAGAAUGCCGAUUCCGCUACAACUACCCAGACUGAGACCGUAACAGUUGAGGUUCCGGAGGCUGUUGCCGAUGAUGACUGGACAGCUCCCGUCUCAAAGAAGCAAGCCAAGAAGGACAAGAAGAAAAAGGCUUCGCUAUCUUGGGAGGAACCUACUCCCGAGCCAAUUGCUCCGGUUGUUUCAGAAGACAUCCAGCCUGAACCUACUGACCUCGCUGAGACUGAGCCCGCCACGACUACUCAGGAUGAGCCUCGAGCUGUUGAGGUUGAAGAGCCUGUUCCAGAAGCUACUGUUACUGCUGCUGCCGACGAUGACUGGGCAGCUCCCGUAUCUAAGAAGCAGUCUAAAAAAGACAAGAAAAAGAAGAAGGCUCUGUCAAUGUCCGCUUGGGACGAGCCUACCACUACACCUCCUCAAGAGGAAGCAGAGGCAUCCACUGCUGCGCCCGUUGAAGCAACUAGCGACGACCUUUGGGAUGUGCAACCUACAAAGAAGUCCAAGAAGGACAAGAAGCGCAUGUCGGCACCUGAGAUGCGCGAUGAUACAGUUACUACCGAUGAAGCCGUUACAGAUUCAGACAAACCCAAGGCGGCCGCCGAUAUUUGGGAAAACGACGACUUCUUUGCGCGCAAAGACAAUUCCCCGCCCACCGAGUCUACGGACGAGUUUGCAAAGCAAGAUGAAAAUCCCAGGCAUGAAUUUGAACAUCCCACUGAGUCGACCAGAUCUAUUGACGAGGAGAAGACAGGGGAACAUAUACCAGUGGUCGAGCAGGCUGAUGUAGCGCCUCCACCAGUUGACGUCGGCGCCGAACCAGAGCAGAUUGAUCGAUCCAUGGCAAUGGACUUGGAUGCGGAACCCAGCACACCUGUUUCGUACGAAAAGAAAAAGACGAGCCGUGACUCGACGGACGCCAUUGCUGCUGCUGCUGCGCUGACGGGAGGAGUUGCGAUGCUUUCGGAGAAGUUUGGUGGAGGUAAAGUGUCGAAGAAGGAUAAGAAGAAAAAGAAGAAGGUGAUUGACAAGAGGACGACCAACGACGAUGACAUCUUUGACGAUCCUGCUGUAUGGGAGGGUGCGGAGAGAAAGGUUGUAGGAGGAAGAUAUGCUGAGGAUUCUGAAGCAUUCUGGGGAGGAGGUGAUGGGGAAGAAGACGAGGACCGAUCAAAGACUCCUCGCGCACAAGAGAGCCUUCCCACGCCUGCAAGUGACGGUUUUACCACCGAGUCCGAAGGCGGAUGGAAGGAGACUGCCAAGCAAGGUGCCAGUCUGGACAGCGACUAUGUUGAGAGCCCAGUACUGGGCCGAGGCGAGGGUGGCAGCAGCAACAGCCACCAUCAUACUACCGGUCCGUCUGAGCUGCUACGUCGCGAUUCUAAGAUGAGAGAGCACACAGAGAGCCUUUUACAGGAGCGCUCGCCGCCCAUGAUGGGAUCCGAGUUCUCAGACACGACCAGGGUCUCGCCAACAAGAGGGUUGCCUCCCGUUCAAGAAUACCCCGAUGUCGAGGGUGAGGCAAUCCCUACUCCUACCAAGCGAGGCAUAGUAGAGGAAAACCGCGACAGCGGCUACGUGCCCGAAUCGCCUCGAUCGCAUCGACGACGCAGCCCUGGUCGCAGCGGCGGCGAUGGCCAUCGCGACAGCGGUGUCCACAGCGGCGAAUGGGCAGAUCGCGAACUGGAUCUGCGCACGCCUGAGCCUAGCGAGCACAGACUACGAAGUGCUACACGCGGCACACCAGUAUUGCGCGAGCCGUCUCCCACGGGUUCCAUCUCGGAAGACCCGUCCAAGAAGCGCUCGUCCUCCAAACACUACGGCGCCGUUGGGGGUGCAGCAGCUGCUGGACUAUCUACAGCAGCAGCAGCAGCCACUAUUUCAAAGUCGCGCUCUGGCGAUGACAAGCUUGUGCCUGGUGACUACAGCAAAGAGUCCGCAGACCAGCGACGCAGCGUGUCCGACUCUUACACGCACCACGACCGAGACCCGCAGCCUCGGGCCGCAGCCGCGCGGCGAUCGGCGUCCAACUCAAGCCUGUCCCGGCAACGCACACCUGAGCCACUGAAGCUGGUGCCUGACAACCAAGGCAUCCGCUCUGCCUCGACGCCCACCCCGCCACCUCUGCGGCGAGUCGACAAGCGCAUGAGCGGCGACCUUCGAGCUCUGCGUCAACAAAACAACUCCACGCCACCAAUUGCCAACGAAGGGCGUGUCCGCUCCAAGGACAUGGCCGAUGUAUACGAUGGCUAUGGCGAAGGCCGCAUUGGCUCGCCUAGAUCGCCCACUAGACCCCAUAGCAUGCGCCGCCGACAAAGCAUGCAAGUCCUUGAGCUAGAAUCCAGAGUCGAACAGCUGCUAGCGGAGAACCGUAUGCUAGCAGAGGCUCGCGGCCAAGACAGCGGCACCCGAGGUGUUUCAUCGCUGUCAGACAAGGAUUCCGAGAUUGAGUCUCUCAAGGCGUCACUACAUUUCCUCCAGACCGAAGUCACUCGCCUCACAGAAGUCAAUGCGGGCUUAACCAGUGCCAACGCCGAGCUGGCCGUCAACAAGGACGGCGCCCGCUACGCCGAUCUCCAUGUCAGCGGCGAUGGCACCCGCGGCAUUGACGGCGCCGCUUCUCCCACCUACCAGCAAUCGCUCCAAGACAAGGAUGCCGAGAUUGCCGACCUGCGCGCGCAGCUCGAAGCCGCCAAGGAACAAAUCCGCGACAUGCAGCGCAAGAUUCUUGAAACCAAGGCCGAAGACGCCGAGUUCCUCAACAUUCUAGAUGAAGACCACUUUGACAACCGCUGCCAACAGCUCUGCUCGCACGUGCAGCAAUGGGUCCUGCGCUUCUCCAAAUUCUCUGACAUGCGCGCGUGCCGUCUGACGAGCGAGAUCAACGAUGAAAAGACUAUUGAUCGCCUCGACAAUGCCGUUCUCGACGGCUCCGACGUGGACACCUAUCUCAACGACCGUGUCAAGAGAAGAGACAUCUUCAUGUCCAUGACCAUGAACAUGAUUUGGGAGUUUGUCUUUACCAGAUACCUCUUUGGUAUGGACCGUGAGCAACGCCAAAAACUCAAGUCGCUGGAGAAGCUGCUUACCGAAGUUGGCCCCAUCCAAGCCGUUCGCCAAUGGCGUGCGGUUACCUUGACGCUCUUGGCCCGCCGCGAGAGCUUCAAGGAGCAGCGCGACCUCGAUACCGAGGCCGUUGUCCAGGCCAUCUUCCAGACUCUCUGCAAGAUCCUGCCUCCCCCCAGCAACCUGGAGGCACAAAUUCAGUCGCAGCUUCGCCGUGUCAUGGCCGAGGCUGUCGACCUUGCAGUAGAGAUGCGCACGCAAAAGGCCGAGUACAUGAUGCUCCCGCCGCUGCAGCCCGAAUAUGACGCAGACGGCGAACUAGCCGCUACUGUGCAGUUCAACGCCUCGAUGAUGAAUGAGCGCGACCCCAAGAACACCGCCACCAACGAAGAGCUCGAGGCCCAGGGCGCCAUUGUUCGCGUCGUCCUCUUCCCUCUUGUCGUAAAGAAGGGCGAUGACGGCGGCAUUGGCGACGAUGAAAUCGUCGUCUGCCCUGCCCAGGUCAUUAUUGCUCGCGAUAGCCGCAGCAGACAUCUCACACCUGGCAGCGACGCUGGCGGUGCCUCUCUCGGCGCCCCCAGCAGGCUUAGUCUCGCCAUGACUGAGCCUAUGACAGACAUGCCUGACUCUGAGUUCAUGGACCACUAAACAAUGAAACAAAAAAUAUGGCUGUAUCGAGACGAACUUGCCUGGCGUUUGAAAGGGACACGCUUCCAUCGUACAAAUACCUACCACGCUGCUUGGCUGGUGAGGGGACUUUUUAAUGGGAAAUUAUACACUGGGGAACAACAACACAAAUAGAUUGGAAAUCACGGGGUGCAGAUUACCUUCUUCUGCACAUGAACUGUUUUAUUUAUUUUUUACGGAUGAAGAGGAAACUGAUACCGAGGCUCUUUUGGGAGGGCUUUGGUUUGCUUUUUUUGCAUACUGUUUUUUGUAUUUUUGGUCGACUAUUUUUUGUAUCAUGGGUUAUGCUUGUACAUGUUUAUAUUUUUCUAGUACUCUUAUUUUUUGCAAAAUUGCUACUAUAUAGCUUCAUUUCCAAUAUAUUUGGUAUACGUUUAC